AUGGACAAUGGGACCCAAUUCACCAGUGAGCUGUUCGGUGAUUACUACGAUGACAUGGGCAUCAAGCUCUGCUUUGCUUUGCCGGCUCACCCCGAGAGCAACGGCCAGGUCAAGUGCGCGAACACCGAGAUCCUCAAGGGCCUAAAGACCAAGACAUAUAACGUGCUGAAAAAGCAUGGUGACUCUUGGACCGAAGAGCCGCAAGCAGUGCUCUGGGCAAACAGAACAACCCCCAGCCAUGCAAUGGGAGAAACCCCCUUCUUCAUGGCAUACGGGGCAGAAGCUGUGCUCCCAUCCGAGCUAACCCUCGGCUCACCUCGGGCUAAUAUGUUCACCCAAGUUGAUCAAGAUCAACUAUGGCACGACGAUCUCAACCACCUCGAGGAGAGAAGGCGGCGUGCAGCAUUACACGUCGCUUGA